AUGAAGAAGAAGAUGAUGGAUUCCGGAAGGUUCGUGAAGAAGAUGGUGAGGAAAGUUUCCAAAACACAUGACAAACAGAGCAAAGCCAUGGAAAAGCACUUUUUGCUUACCGAUGAUCAAUUGAUCUCUGAUAAUUCGAGGCAUAAAAGCAAGAAUGGGAAGAUCUCGGCUCAUAUCCCGAGAGGAUUCGUUGCAGUUUAUGUGGGGCCCGACAGCCGGAGAUUCCUUAUCCCCACCAAGAUCCUUUCUGUUCCUAAGUUUAAGGAGCUUAUGGAUAAAUCGGCCGAAGAAUAUGGUUACGAACAGCAAGGAGGAUUAAGCAUACCGUGUGACGAGGAUGAGUUUCGAAAAUUGUUGGCAAAGAAAAAGUGUUCGCACCGUAAAAAACAGAACGAUUGUCGAUUAUCCAAAAUCGAACUAGUUGUAAGAAGGCUGCCGAAAAGCGAUAAAAAACUACAAAAAAAAGAACACAGAGAAAAUUACCAAUCGAAGUACAAGUUUUUCGAUAGACCCUUCAUUUGGUUCGAAUCCCAGCUUUUCGGUAGAUUUCAUCAUACAACCUGA